AUGUCCCGCCAGAGGUCUAAUAACUGGAUCGACGGAAUUCGUGGGAUUGCAGCGACUACAGUCGUGACCUACCAUCUUUGCUCUGCGUUCGCAAAGUGGUUGAACUCACCAGCGAUCACGGAAGAUGGCGAAGUAUUCAUUUUCCAGCAACCCUUUUUCCGUCUUAUCGUCGGCGGUCGAUUUGCAGUUUCGCUUUUUUUUCUCAUCACCGGAUAUGUUAAUUCCGUCAAUUUUAUUAAACUAAAACGCAAUGGAGAUCAUGGGCUCGUUCUGUCGAAGCUUUCUAAGAACACGAUUGCUCGGGCUGGUAGACUCGUUGUACCAACGAACAUAGCAAUCUUUAUGACUUGGCUUAUCUGCCAGCUAAAUGGAUUUCUAGUCGCAAGCCAGGUUGAUUCUUCCUGGAUAAGAGUGGUGGCUGCGGCGCCCGGUCCUACACUUCAUGAUGCGAUUGCGGGCCUCUUUCGCAACUGGGUGUUGUUUUGGGAAGGUGGUACUUCACCAUAUGAUCCUACUUACUGGACGAUACCUUUCUUUCUGAAAGGGUCUAUGUUGGUCUAUGUGACUAUACUGGCAACGACAUUCGCCACCCCGAGAUUUACCAAAUUGCUUCUCAUUUUCCUUUAUUCUUUGUCUUGGUUGAACGGUCAACCUCUCAUAGAGAUGACUACCUACGCUGGAAUGUUCCUAGCCGAGUUACAUGCUGAUUACGGAUCCCAAGCCCCCUCGAUCAUGCCCUCGCCCAUAUCAACAAUGAUGAUAUUCAGUGGGCUUUUCCUCGCUUCUUUUCCUGAUGACAAUGUAGCAUGGGCGCCAUGGAGCCGUGCUUUGGACUCGAUGGCGCAAUAUAUUGUUCCCGCUGGGGCCGAAGUGAGUCGAUACAUAGACUCUCUUGGAACUACGCUAUUCGUCUACGGGAUUUUCUUCUCUCGUGAUGGCCGUCGACUUCUGUCGCACCCUUUCAUGAACUUCCUUGGCCGUAUUUCGUUCCCCGUAUAUCUUCUUCAUGAUACUCUUAUCAGAACUGUGCUAUCUUGGGUGAUCUAUCGGAAGUCCAUUUUAGAGAAAGGACUACAUCCCGUGGACGAAGAAGGGAAUUCUAUGUGGUUCAAGAGAGGUGGCUUUAUGACAUUCGCGAUCGCGAUACCGUCAUUUUAUAUUCUGCUGGUGUGGGUUGCAUACCAGUGGAUAGUGCACGUGGAUCCGUUAUGUGAGAAGGUCAUAACGUGGCUAGGCAAGAAAGCUUUCGGGGAGGAUAGUGAAUCUGAAGCCUUGAGAGAGGGCACCCUGAGUGGAGCUCUGAAAUCUUGA